AUGUCAAUGUUUCGAUCCGCUGCGGACAGCAGUUCAUGUUCGGAUACAGAAUCAAACCCGAGUGAUCUAGAGCAUGAAGCCGCCGAAGUUACAACUCGCUCCUCGGUGCAGAAGGCUCAGGCCAAUGGCAAAGGCGCAUCGACUCCGCCACUUUUGACGGGGGAGAAUCAGACUCGAGACAAGAUAGAUGGGUCCGAUACUAAUAUGGAAGGACAUACCAACAUCAUGACAGCCGCAUUGCUUGAGUUUUAUUGCUUUAGUCGCGCCGCCGAUAUUCUCAAUGCUCAGGCAGCUCCCCACAAGCAGUUCACGCGCGAUUCUCCAGAAGCACAGAUGCUGGGAAAGAGAAUGUAUGAGUACAAAUCUCAGUUCCUGUCAUCCCGCGGCGUUCUGGCAACCGGUGUUCACAAAGAAGAGCUGGGGUCCACUAGACAGUAUUACCGGGACAACCUCGACUUUUUAGGCAUCAGUGCCCUGGAGGAUCUGAAUUUAGGGGAUGCUCCAGGGCAGGCACGGACGAUGGACCCAGAUAGAGCGCUUGUUUUAGCCUCGAGAGCCUCGAACAUCAUGCAGGCCCCUCCGAACCCUGAGUAUGGUAGCUUGCCAUCGCCAGAUCUUCUCGGUCCACCUGGUAUUCCCGGCAUUGGCAGAGGUGCCGCGAAGAACUUCCGGCUUGACCUGAGUAGUCUGCCAGCUCGCCCAUCACCACUUUCCGGAAGUUCGCCUGUGAGCUUCCCCAUUUUCGACCAAAGCGCACAGACACCAACCGAGAGCAUGUCUCGCUACGCUAUGGAAUUUUCAGAGAUCAAAAUUCUCGGCCGUGGAUCUUUCGGGGAGGUGUAUCACGUGAAAAAUCAUAUAGAUGGACAGAGUUAUGCCGUGAAGAAGAUUCCGAUCAGUCAGAAACGUCUUGAGCAGUUGCAGUGUGGGGGUGAAAACCAGCUCGAAACAAUCAUGAAGGAGAUCAGAACUCUUGCUCGGCUCGAACACAAGAAUGUAGUGAGAUACUACGGCGCGUGGGUGGAAAAGGUUCGCCUAGCAAAUUAUCUGCCCCGAGUUCCACCAGAUCCAAUGAAACUCGAGGCCGAAGAUACCCAGACCGAGACCUUCAGUCACGAUUCUCAUGAUGACCAAAGCUUUGGAAUUGUGUUUGAGCAUUCUGAAGCUUCAGCCGCAGACACCAGCUAUGAACCGACAACAGAGAAAGAAUCCCUGGUUUACAACCCAUUUGAGCGCAGGGACAGCCGUGCCAGCCAGGCAAGCUAUGCUACAUUGGCAUCACGCAUUUCGAAGAAGAGCUCUGCACACAGUUGGGGUGAAGGAGACGAAGAGAUCGAGUCUAUUCCUCGCGAUUUCACAGGACCAUCACUAUCGACAUUUGGCGGCACUGACAACGACAUCUUCACCGACGGUUUUAGCCACGAUGCAUCAAGACUGCAGGUGCAGCGAAGGCCUCGCGAUGAGUCUCAAAUUCCGGCCGUCGUCCUUCACAUUCAAAUGUCACUUCACCCCAUCUCGCUUGGCUCGUAUCUGAGCCCGGAGCCAGGCAAGGCGGCACUGGAUCAUCAAGAAUCUCCCCGACGCCAUUGCUUCCAUCUUGUUCCUUCUCUUAAGAUGAUGCAACGCAUUAUCUCCGGCGUGGAUUAUCUUCAUUCCAAGAACAUUGUCCACCGGGACCUGAAACCAGCCAACAUCUUCCUCUCCUCUCACGAAACCAAACGCUUGGAUGGAUGCCCUCCAUGCGAGUCCGCGCACCAAACCCCUUCACGAUACUGCCAUCCCCGAAUCGGUGACUUCGGUCUGGUAGCCGACAUCUCACAUCUGAAUGAACAAUCACCAACUACUCCUGUAACAGCCCUUCAAAGCGGCGCAAAGGUGCACCGUGCUGUCGGAACCGAAUUCUAUCGCCCGCCUUUGAUUGAUAAUAAUCCGGGAACCACAAACAUAACCUCUUUCUACACCAUUGACGAAUCCCUCGACGUCUACGCACUGGGGGUGAUCUUAUUCGAACUUCUGUAUCGCCUCAACACCAAGAUGGAGCGUCAGCUAGUCCUGUCCGAAUUGACACGUGCUCCGCAAGGACAGACCUCCACCGGCCCUUCAUUCCCAGCUGACUUCAACCAGAAAAUCGACAUGGGUGAUUUAGUGCUGGAUAACGGUAACACAGUUGCCGAUUCCCUGAUGGCUUGCAUUCGCGGAAUGCUGGAUCCUCUGCCUGCUCAGCGUUGGAACUGUACGGAUGUUAAGAAGUAUCUACAGGAGAUCUUGGCUGUUGCGGAGAAGGCGUGUGCCGAGUCGUUUUCCCAUGCAAAUUAA